AUGACUGUUUCCAAACUUGAAGUAGCUCCAGUGGUGAGUGAUAUGGUUGUGUUUGUUCUUAUCGGCGUUUCGGUUGUUGAAGAAGCGGAUGGCGAUGAGAAGGUUAUUGUACUGCUCGUAUCACUGGUGACGGGGGUGGUAAUAGAGGUUUCUGUACAGGUACAGUCGGUCGUGUCCGUCGAAGUUGAUGUCAGCGUAACAGUGAUCAAGUCCCAAGCCCGACGUAAUACCACGCGCUCCGUUAUCACCUCCACGCUCUCUUCUUGA